CUUUGAAUUAAGAAACUGUCCGUUUUUGUGAUUCUAACGUUCGUAGCCUCCGUUGGGUGAGAGGCAAGCGUCCAAAAAAUGAGAAACAAAGCUGGUUUAAAUUUGGAGACAAGCUUCAAAGCCAGCGAUCAAGCAGGGAGCAGACAUGGGUCAGUCUGAGCUUUGUUGGACUGCGAAUGUUUUCGUUUUUCUCUUACUUUUACCUGGAAUCCUCGGCUGGGGAAGGGAAGGUCACUAUGCAGUUUGCAAGAUAGCAGAGGGAUAUUUGACUGAAGAUGCUCUAUCCAUGGUCAGAGAAUUGCUUCCAGCUUCUGCUGAGGGCGAUCUUGCGGCUGUAUGCUCCUGGGCAGAUGAACUUCGAGAAAAUCAUGAUUAUCACUGGAGUAGCGUCUUACACUUUGUUGACACGCCAGAUUUCUUUUGUAAUUAUAAUUGCUCGAGAGACUGUCAUGACAGUCAUAGACACAAAGGUAGAUGUGUGACUGCAGCAAUUUACAACUAUACCAUGCAACUCGAAUCAGCUUACAAGGAAAUAACUUCAGAAGUUAGAUAUAACUUAACAGAGGCUCUUAUGUUCUUGUCCCAUUUCAUCGGAGACGUUCAUCAGCCCCUUCAUGUCGGCUUUGUCGGAGAUCUAGGAGGUAAUUUAAUAAAAGUCGGUUGGUACCAAAGAAGCACCAAUCUCCAUCAUGUCUGGGAUACGAUGAUCAUCGAGUCUGCCUUGAAGAGAUUCUACCAUUCAAAUCUUAUGCUCAUGAUUCAAGCCAUUCAAAGCAACAUUUCGGAUGAAUGGCAUAAUGAGGUCUCAGCUUGGAGAAAUUGCACAGGGAACCACACAGCUUGUCCAAACCCGUAUGCUUCUGAAAGUAUUAGCUUGGCAUGUAAAUAUGCAUACAAGAACGCCACACCAGGAAGCACGCUAGAAGACAGUUAUUUUCUUACCCGGUUGCCCGUCGUAGAGAAGAGAUUAGCACAAAGUGGCAUUAGAUUGGCUUCUACCCUCAAUCGUAUCUUUGCUUCUGAAGUGAAAGUGGCUGAAGUUUGAAGACAAGGACUGGGAGAGAUCAGAUCAAUUUCCAUAAGAUAGAUGUCAAAAUGGUUGAGAACAUGAAUUGAUUUGUGCUAUUGUCUUUUGUCUUCGUAUAUUUAUUAAUAUUUGCUAUUGCUCCAAAAGAACCCUAAAUGUGGAAACUCAUUUGUAACUUGAGCAGUCACAGUAAAAGAACAAGAUAUUCAGGAAUAAUAUGACCGUGAUUUACACCUUUUAA